GAAAAAGGAAAUGCAUUUUUAGAAAUCGUAGUCAGACUAUUCUAAUAGAAUCAAAACCGAAAGUAAUGGUUAAACUAUUUGUAGCGAAGUCUUCGAGUGUCACCUGUUGACCCCAUACGGUGGUUGUGGCGACACGUGGACUUUAACUAAUGUCUGUCGAGAAACCGAUCAAAAAGAAAAGAUCAGUCAUGGGUGCAACGUUUUCCAGCCGCUCAUCCUCGGUGUCACCAUUUGCAGUUUCACUUGAGUAUUCUGUUCCUUUGGAGAUACUGGAGGAGAUCUUCCAUAAUCUACCUCAUGAUCAGGUGAUUCGUUGUUGCAGUUUAGUGUGCAAACAAUGGAAGGAAGUGGCUGACAGCGACUGUCUGUGGAGGGAACGAUGCAGAAGAGAGGGCUUGUUGCCUCGUGAUGUGACCAAGACCCCCGAUGACUGGAGAAUAUAUUAUGUGUUAUGCAAAAAGAGGAGAAAUCUACUGAAAAAUCCAAGAGCAGAAAGUAAUUUUAAGUACUGGCAAAUUCUGUCAAAUGGAGGUGACCGCUGGAAGAUAGAGAGUCCCAUGUUGCCACAUCCAAAUGAAAAUGUUCAGAAAAACUUUGUGACCUCUUAUGGCAUGUGCUUGAAAUCACAAAUUAUUGACUUGAAACUGGAAGGUUACAACCCUUCAUUUAUGGACCAGUAUCAACCACCAAUCAAAAUAACAGACUGGUAUGCAGCACGUUGGGAUUGUGCUUGUGAAUAUACAAUUAAAGUGGAGUUGCUUUCUGGGAAUAAAAAGUGCACACAGAAAUUUGAACCAGAGACAAUUUACUUUGAACAAUGGAAUGACCAGCAGUGGCAUCAGAUGACGCAUGUAUUCACAAACUAUGGCCCAGGAGUGAGAUACAUUCGAUUUGUCCAUGGAGGCAAAGACAGUCAAUUUUGGGCAGGAUGGUACGGAGUCCGAGUCACUGACAGCUGUGUUGAAAUCUGUCCUGAAAUUUAAUCAUUCAUUCUGGCUCUGUCCAGAUAUUUUUAACUGCACUUUAUCAUUAUUGCCUUUUUAACUUAUCACAAUGUCAAGUGAAAGAAACAAUUUUUGCACUAUUAUCUAAUUGAAUGCAGUGGUUCCCAGACUUUUCUCAUCCAAGAUCCAUUUAAGACAAUGCAAGUAGUUGACUCAAUACCAUCAGAUAUGAGCCAGGUCUAAAACCGGGAAUUAUUCUAGGUAUAUACUAUGGCUAAAGCUUGCUCUUGUUGUUGUUUAAUGAGACAAUUUCUACAGUUAUUCUAAACAAACACACAAAGAAGAAAAUGUGGAUUAAAACACCAUGCACCAGUGUGAGAAUCAAAACUAAUGAAUACAAAAUAUAGCUUUAUAUGUACUUAUUGUACUGUAAUAGAAUCAUUAUGUAUUGGUUAA